GUAUUUUUCGUCUGCGGUGGUUGCGUUGUACCGAUGGACGCUUUCAGAACGGUUCAUUUCGGCUGCCGCACCGCGGUAUAGAGUCAUGCGUGCAUCUCAUCUCCGUUCUCGCUCCAUGUAUCUACUACGCCUCCCCCCCUCCGUUUCGUGUCAGUUUGUAGUGUACAUAGGUCUGGCCGACUUACGUGUUCUAUCGUGCGAAAGUAUCGCUGAUAAAUAUACCCCUCUACCGAUUUCUGUUCAGAAGCUUGAGCUUGUCAGCCGCGCUGUUCCUGACCGAAUGUGCAGAACAACUUUGUUCUAGCCAUCAGAACACUUCGCGGCGGCUGGAUUGUACGCGGCAAUCUGGUCGGCGGAGUGCCGGUGGCACUGAGUGCGUACCCUCGAAUCUGGGCGCAUCUCAGGUGACUGAGAUCCUUCAGAAAUAUCAAGAUUA